ACAUGGUCACUUUUUCAAAUGAUUUUAUUUUUAAUUGAAUUUAACUCAAUAUAUUUUGAUAACCGACGUGUAUUGUUUUGUUAAUUGUUUGAUUAUAUUUUUAAAUUGUUUCUCGAUUUGAUUAUUUUCCUCGUUCUCUCACACAUUCUCACGAUAAAAUGCCUACCGAAGGAGUUAAUCCAAAAGCUUACCCUUUAGCUGAUGAUCAGUUGACUGCGAAAAUUUUGAAAUUAGUUCAACAAGCUGCUAAUUAUAAGCAAAUUAAAAAAGGAGCCAAUGAAGCAACUAAAACUUUAGCUCGAAAUUUGGCUCAAUUAAUUGUUAUGUCCGCUGAUGCUGAACCUCUUGAGAUUUUACUUCAUUUACCUUUAUUGUGUGAAGAUAAAAAUGUUCCUUAUGUUUUCAUUAAAUCUAAACAUGCCCUCGGUCGUGCAUGUGGUGUGGCCAGAUCAGUUAUCGCCUGUUCGGUCAUCGGCAGUGAAGGAUCACAAUUGACGCCUCAAAUUCAAGCUUUACAAAGUGAAAUUGAGAAACUUCUCAUUUAAGGGAAUAAAUUACACUUUUCAUUUCAUCAAUA